AAAUUCUCUGGAGGCAAUCAAGCGAGGAUGCAUCGAUGGACGAGAAACGGUGUUUGGGAUGCGAUCGGUACAGGAAAGAGAAAAUCGAGAAGCGGUUGAUAAUUUGACCGAUGACUGGUUAAAAUUUUGCGGAGCAAGAUGAAUGAGUGAAAGAAGCGUUGGAGCGACGAAGAGAGGACGACUUAGUCACGCGACGUAACGUGGUCCCAGUUCGAACGGGAGGCAGGACCCACUAGUUGUAAUUAUAGUUAUCUUGGCGAUGUUCUCGGAACGCUUUGCUUCGAGUCCUCCUCGAGUUUACCGAGAAACAAGAGGGAGACGGUGCGAACCGCCAUAGGACAACGAAGAAAGGCGACGAAGAAAUCGGUAGUAAAAGAGGGGAGGGUAAGCCCCCCCGAGGACGAGGAUGAAAGUUACACACAUAUAUGUAUAUGUAUAUAUAUAUAGCGGGAGAAAGAAUUCAGAGCGCAGAAGAGAGUAUAUAGCCGUCAGUGCCAGGACUAUUGUGAGGCGAGCAGGAACUCCAGCAGGAACUAGGACACUCCUCUUGAGAUUCUACGUGAGAUUCAGAAAAGAAACUCUCGUCGUUCGACAUAGAAAUGAGAAGCUUCAUUUUACUAUUAUUUUCUAUUCAUCUUGCUUUUGAUAUUGGCAGACAUCAUAGAGAUAGUGGAUUUUUGAAUCACGUACAAUUAGUACGAUUUCGAUGCUCCAUGCCUCAAGCAGAGCUGUAACCAGUGCAGAAACUUCUAACUGUUGGUCCUAAUCCCGACGAAGUUUUCUAUCCUGCCUCCACCGUUCUAAAGCGUUGCAACGGGGCUGGAUGUUGCCCAGAUCCUAAACAUAUUUGUGCACCCGUCGAGACUAGAAACGUCAGUCCUCGUUUUUGGUGAAAACACACGAUCGAUCGACAACGAGACAGGCAUCACGAAGUGAUACACGCCUUGGAACACACGAAAUGCGAUGUGGUUGAUAAGAAAAUGAUCGAUUCGAUUGAAAUCAUCUUAACGGGAUCGUCGUUAGAACGUGAACAGAAAGUGGAUCGACGUAAGAUCUGUUAAUCUUUUAGCUGGAAGUAUUGUUUCGCGGCCAGCACGUCGCGCUUUAUGCUUUCAUUAUCCGGUGUUAAUUUCAGGG